GCAUGCGCACCAGGGAGGAGCUGCAUGGGACGCCGGGAGCAGUUCUCUUUGUGCCAUGUGUGAGAGAGUCCCCAGGACACCUACCUAUGAAUGAAAUUGCUGGGUUGAAAGGAAUUUCUUCACAUGGCUUCCGAAGAUGUGACCGUUACGGUUCGCCUCAUUCGUUCAUUUGAGCAUCGCAAUUUCAGACCUGUAGUGUAUUACGGAGUUCAUUUGGACCAAACUGUAAAGGAAUUUAUAGUAUUUCUAAAGCAAGAUAUCCCUUUGAGGACCAGCCUGCCACCACCAUUCAGAAACUAUAAAUAUGAUAAACUAAAGAUUGUUCACCAAGCACAUAAAUCAAAGACAAAUGAACUUGUGUUGAGUUUGGAAGAUGAUGACAGACUCCUGUUAAAAGAAGACAGCACCCUGAAAGCAGCUGGAAUCGCCAAUGAAACUGAAAUUGCAUUCUUCUGUGAAGAGGACUAUAAGAACUACAAAGCUAAUCCCCUUUCAUCCUGGUGAAAACUUCACAGGGCUUCCUUUUUGCAUACUUAUAUUAAGCUCUUUAUUCCACUAGUGAGUUUUUUUAAUUGACAAAUAAACUUAAAAAAAUUAA